CCUAGCCUCGCCACGAUCCUCUUCUGCUCCGAGGAACCAAAAAUUUCCCUCCACGACAUCCUCUCGAUCAAAGCGGCGGCAAUGCCGUAGCCAGCCACGUACUACGCCGAUCGAAUGCCGGCCAAGCCAUGGUCGACGCCUCGCGCCCUCACACACCGGACGACGUGAACCGCGGCGAUCGGCAGGAAAGCGCAUCAUCACCAUGUCCAACAUCUUCGGCAAGAAAGGGAAGAGUUUCGGCGGUCCAGAUUCGCCGCACAGUCGUGCGGCACGCGUGCGGUUCAAGAGCGCGAGCCUGAACUGCGUCGACUCGCCCAAGAAGCAGAAUGACGACACCUGCAAAUACAGGGUGUUCGUUGGUACGUGGAACGUGGGAGGGAAGAACCCGAACGACGGGCUUAACCUGCAGGACUUCCUGCAGGUGGACGAGUCCUCCGACAUUUACGUCUUAGGGUUUCAGGAGAUCGUCCCCCUGACCGCCGGCAACGUGCUGGUCCUGGAGGACAACGAGCCGGCGGCGAGGUGGCUGGCGCUCAUCCACCAGGCGCUCAACCACCCGCAGGAGCAGCCGGACAGCGACGAGCCGCCGGAGCCUGGCCCCGCCGACGCCGGCCGGCAGCAGAACCGGCGGCGCGACGCCGUGGCCACCAGGUCCUCCAGCGGCAACCUCUUCUUCCAGACGCCGUCGCUCAAGCUCGUCAGCAGCAGCUACCGCGUCGACAGCGCGCUCGUCAAGACCUGCAACUGCUCCGCGGAGGCGUCCCUGCAGCGCCGCCGCGCCACGGAGGUGCGCGAGUCCGUGUACCGCGCCGCCGAGACGCCCCCCGCGAGCACGGCCGCCGAGGCGACGUCGACGUCGACGUCGGCCGGCGGCUGGGACGACGAAGGCGCCGCCGGAUCGCCGGGGCAGUGCGAGCCGACGGCGGCGGACGGCGGCGGCAUGAGCUACUGCCUGAUCGCGAGCAAGCAGAUGGUGGGGCUGUUCCUGUCGGUGUGGGUGAAGAAGGAGCUGGUGGAGCACGUGGGGCACCUCCGGGUGGACUGCGUCGGCCGGGGCAUCAUGCGCUGGCUGGGCAACAAGGGGUGCAUCGCCAUGAGCAUGACGCUGCACCACACCAGCCUCUGCUUCGUGUGCAGCCACCUGGCCUCCGGCGAGAAGGAGGGCGACGAGGUCCGGAGGAACGCCGACGUCGCCGAGAUCCUCAAGAGCGCGCACUUCCCCCGCGCAUGCAAGUCCUCCGCCGCCCACCAGCGCGUCCUCCCCGAGCGGAUCCUCGAGCACGACAAGAUGAUCUGGCUCGGGGACCUCAACUACCGAGUCUCCCUGAGCUACGAGGAGACGAGGACGUUGCUGGAGGAGAACGACUGGGACGCUCUGCUGGAGAAGGACCAGCUGAUGAUCGAGAGGGAGGCGGGGAGGGUGUUCGGGGGCUGGAAGGAGGGCAAGAUCAGCUUCGCGCCGACGUACAAGUACACGCAGAACUCCGACGCGUACGCCGGCGAGACGGUCAAGUCCAAGAAGAAGCGGCGAACCCCGGCAUGGUGCGACCGGAUACUGUGGCACGGCGAAGGCAUCGAGCAGCUGCAGUACCUGCGGGGCGAGUCCAGGUUCUCCGACCACCGGCCGGUCUGGGGCGUGUUCGCCGUCGAGGUGGAGGCCGGCGGCGGCAGGAUGAGGAACUGCUACUCGAUGUCCGCGCGGAUCGGCCACGACAAGCCGGGGUCGCCGCAGAGGCACGGCGGCUCCGUCGAGCCCUCGUCGUAGCUGCAUGCGGCCUUGUAGUUGUACUUGUAUGUAUGAUGUAGCUUAAUCUGCUAAAGGGUCAGGAAAGAUUUGGAGCCACCACUGACAGGUUGAGAUCGCAGCUCGAUCUUGUCAGGCUAAUGUAUGUUACUACUAACUGAAAACUAAUAAAAGGGUCUAACUAUAUUAACAAUCUUGAUUUUAAGGUAGCUGAAGUAUAAGUGAAAAUAGACAGGAGCUCCUUAAAUUAAAAAAAGUACCAAGAAAAUUCAAAAAACCCAGGAAUCUUGGAUAUCAAACUUGGGUGCCCAAUCUACUUCCGUGUGAAGUUUCGUGAAAAAAUAACAGAAAAUGUAUCCUGGGCUAGAAAAAAUAUGAUCCAUCUAAACCGUUCUUUUCUAGUAUAUUACUAGCUUAACCCGCGUGGCGACACGCUGCACCCGACGAUCAGUCUAUAUGUAGACUAUGGUCUAAUUAGGCAACAGAGUAAUAAACAAACAUUCGCUAUCAAUUAAAGGGAGGGAUAACAAUAUAUAAAAAGGUUGAAGAUGACAAAGAAGUAGAUUUACUACAACAAUGCAAAUCCAUGGACACAAAGAGAACGACUAAUAUUUGCACACCUCUAAGAAGAACUACUUAUUGAAACCAUAUACAUCCACUCUACAUAAUGGCUGUACAUGGAGAUACAAACACACCGUAAU